CAAAACUGCUUCCCCGUUGCAAUGGGACCUCGGAUUUAGGAGAACACUGCACUCCUCUGAAAUAAUUCAAAUCGUAAAAUACAACUCAACUACACGUAUUAACUGUAGUCAAGGACACGGUAUGAAAUGUCUGUUGCCGGGUUGGUAUAUUUUUAGAACAUUUUAAACUAAGGACUCUUCAGCGCAGGGCAUUAUGCAGAGGCUAACGUUAGCAUAUUUUGCUAGCAAAGCUAAAUAGAUAGCUAGCUGACUAAUUCGCAAACGCAAGUGAAAUUUCUAAACAAUCAGAUAUGCUAGGUAGGUACAAAUAACGACUUACAUAAACAUAAGUGGCUAAUAUGGAUGUACACAGGGAACGCAUUUACAUGUAGUUAGGUAACUGCUAAUAUGCGGUCACUUAGCCAGUUAACACUUUAUCUACUGUACUGACAGUACCUGUAUAAGGUUAAUUCCUAGCAAAUGUGUAGGAUUUGGUAACUAAGUGAGCUAGCAAGCUUAAUUAAGUAGUAUGGACUUCUGUUGUGUGGACGUCAACGCAAGCUGACACGCUGUUGUAAGCUAUCCAAUUCCCUAGCUAGAAAAACAACAUUGUCUUUCAACAUGUAUGCAGACACGUAUUUAGUGUUGGCUACUGCUAUACAUCUAACAUGGGCAACGAAUCCCAGCUAGCUAAGAUUAGCUUAUGGUUUUUGAAGUAACUUAGUUUACCAAUCCUCAUUGAGAUGUAGUACGAGACAGUUGAAAGUAAUUCUGGGUAGCUAGCUAGCUCACGCCGCACAGGGAAGCUUGAAUUUUGAUAUUGAUUGCAUUGAUGUGGGGUUCCCAACAAGCCAGUCUAUCAUGUCAAGUAAAGCCACGACUAAAGAGAAGAAAUCUGGAAGCUUCGGCAAAAAGCUCUUUAGACGAGGCUCUGUGCGUUCUGUGGGUAGUUUUAUGGGUAGAGUCCUCCGUACCCUGACAACCUUGUCCCAUUUUGGAUCAGAUGGGCAUGCUAUUGAAGGUGACAAAGACGAUGGGGGUUUUACAUUAUUCAGAACUGGAGGCAAGGAUUCACUAGUUUUAGAUGAUGGGGACUGUAGGGGUUUCCUUGGAGAGAAGGUCCCUGGAGUUUCUGGUCUCAAAAACCAUGGUAACACUUGCUUCAUGAAUGCCAUUCUCCAAUGCCUGAGCAACACAGAACUCUUUGCUGAGUAUUUGGCACUGGAACAAUAUCGGGGAGGUGAAGAAACAUAUGAGGAGAAGGUGAAACCAAAGACAAACAGUGUGCAUUUGGGAAGAAAGGGCCUUCAGGACAGAGGCGAGGUGACAGAGCAGCUUUCUGGACUGGUCCGUGCCCUGUGGACAUUUGAAUACACCCCACAGCACAGCAGAGAGUUCAAAAAUGCUGUUUCAAAGAGUGCUUUGCAGUAUAGAGGCAAUUCUCAGCAUGAUGCCCAGGAGUUUCUUCUCUGGCUUCUGGACCGUGUACACGAGGACCUCAACAAUCAUCCUAACAACAGGCCCUCCGUUAAGCCACCAAUCGAAGAGGAUGAAGGGGGUUUGGAGGGGCCUUCUCUUCCUUUGUCUGCUGGUUCAUUUGUGCAAGAACUUUUUCAGGCUCAGUACAGGUCCUCACUCACCUGCCCACAUUGCCAGAAACAGAGCAACACCUUUGAUCCUUUCCUCUGCAUAUCCCUGCCCAUCCCUUUACCUCAUACAAGGCCUCUGUAUGUGACGGUAGUCCACCAGGGGAAGUACUCUCACUGUAUGAGGAUCGGAGUGGCCGUGCCGUUGAACAGCACCGUUUCCAGGCUCCGAGAUGCUGUGUCACGAGAGACCAAGAUCCCCCUGGACCAGUUUGUUUUGACUGAGAUGUACUGUGACGGUUUCCAUCGGUCCUUUUGUGAUGAUGACGACGAUCUCGAUAUCAUUCAGGAGAGCGAUUCCAUCUUUGCCUUUGAGACGCCAGAGACCUUCAGACUAGAAAGCAUUCGAACCAAGAGAGGAAGUCUUCUUGCCAACCUGAACCAGAACAACUUGAAGUAUGGAAGUGAAAUGAGCAGGACUCCAUCAUUCAUGCAAGGAGCUGUAAAUCCUGCCACUGCUUCGCCAAAUAAGAACAUGGGGGCAGACAAAAUGAUCCUGCUGAUCUGCAACAGAGCCUGUACUGGUCACCAAGGGAGGAGGUUUGGUCUUCCUUUUGUACUGUAUGUGGAUCGCACUGUGACCUGGGAUAUCUUGCAGAAGGAGAUCCUGGAAAAGAUGCGUCACUUGCUUAGGCCUGGAGUUUACAUUCAGGUGGGGCCCUUUAGCCUACGGGUGGUCGGUGUGGUUGGUAUCACGUACCUCCUGCCUCAGGAGGAGAAGCCUCUCUGUCACCCAACAGUGGAAAGAGCAUACAAGUCCUGUGGCCAGGGGGGACCGCCGCAUGUCAAGAUAGUGGUGGAGUGGGACAAGGAGACCAAGGAUUAUCUGUUUGGGCUUACUGAGGAAGAGUAUGUCCCUGAUGCUGAGAGUGUGUACCUACACAGAGAGCAACACCAUCAGCCCCAGGCCUGCACCCUAGCUCAGUGCCUUCAGCUCUACACCAAGGAGGAACAGCUGGCUCCGGAUGAUGCCUGGCGCUGCCCCCACUGCAAGCAGCUGCAGCAGGGACGCAUCAAGCUCAGUCUGUGGACCCUGCCCGACGUGCUCAUACUGCACCUAAAGAGGUUCAGACAGGAGACGGACAAGAGGGUGAAGAUGCAGAACAUGGUGCGUUUUCCUCUGCUCGGGAUGGACAUGGCACCCCACAUGGUAAAAAGGUCCCAGAGCAGCUGGAGCCUGCCUUCUCACUGGUCACCAUGGAGACGACCCUAUGGCCUGGGGCGUAAUCCUGACGACUAUCUUUAUGACCUUUAUGCUGUCUGCAACCACCAUGGGAACAUGCACGCAGGCCACUACACUGCUUACUGUAAGAAUUCUGUUGACGGCCAGUGGUACUGCUUUGAUGACAGUGACGUUCAGCCGAUUGCUGAUGAUGAUGUGUGUCAGCAGACAGCCUACAUCCUGUUCUACCAGAGGAGGACCACCAUUCCCUCCUGGUCUGCCAACAGUUCUUUAGCAGGCUCCACCAGCUCAUCUCUCUGUGACCACUGGGUGAACCGUCUCCACGGCAGCAGGCCGGCCAGCCUGGCUUCUGGAGCUUCCUCCAGACGCACUUCUAUGGCCUCUCUGGCUGAGUCUGUGGAAUUCACCAUAGUGGACCGCAGCGAAGACGAUGGUGGGUUUUCAACCCGUCCCUUUGUUCGAAGCAUCCAGCGUCAGAGCGUGUCUUCCAGGUCAUCUAUCACCAGUCCUCUGGUCUACAGUGAGAAUGGCAUGAAGCCUUCGUGGUCCCUCUCUGCAAAGCUCCAGAUGAGGUCCAACUCCCCCUCACGCUUUUCCCUGGACUCACGCUCCUCUCCACCCUUGGAGAGAAUAGGAGAGAGAGGAGAGACCUGUGAUGACAAGGUAUCUACUUCGUGCUUCGGGAGCUAUAGCCGGCACGAGCGCUACCCUGGCUGCAGGGCCCCCCUGGCCAUGAUGGAGGGCAACAGCAGUGACCAAGACCACAGCAGGCAAAUCUUAGAUGAGGUCUACUGCCGAGCCCCCACACCUGUCGACAAGAUCCGUAAGAGUGAUCAGAUUGACAACAACAACCAGAUAACUGCAUUGGACCUAAACAAACAAGCCAACCCGCUAAAGGAGCAGAAACAUAAGAGCAGCACCAGUGGAUCUGCCUUGAAGUUGGAGACCACCAGGUCCAAAAAGAGCUCCAUCAAGACUGAGACUGAGAAAUGCGUUAAGAAGCGCCAGUGUUCUUCCUCCACCCCCAAAUCUUCUACUCUGUCUUCCAGCCCUUUGGUGAAUGGCCCCAAGGUGACCAACUCUAAAGAGAAAAGUGCUAAUGCCAAGACCAAUGCCACCAGCAGCAGCAGUACUACGUCCACCGCGACCCCAUCUAAAAAAAAAGAGUCUUUGUCGUCCCAGGGUCUCGACUCGGUAGCUGUAACCCCCCAGCGCAAGCAGCGCAUCUCCUCCCCUGUGCCAUCCUCUGCUUCCCCCUCCCCCACCAUAAAGAAGAGUUCCUCUGGCCUUGACAAGUCAUCCUCUUCGGGUCGGAAAAAGCUGCUUGAGAGGAGCUGCAGUCGGGACUCGGGGGUGGGAAGCCCGCUGGUUGAUAAACCCCGCUGGGGCAGCAAUGCAAAAGCGCCAGCCAAGACAGCCGCAGAUGGGCUCCGGCCGGAGAGGAGGUUCCUUCGGAGCUCCAGCAGCAGCUCCUCUGUCACCAGCCUACGCUCCCCCAACACAUCAUCCAGGGACACUAGACCGAACUGCAAGUCAGAGGACAAGGGUCUGUCCUUUUUCAAGAGUGCCCUGCGUCAGAGAGAGUCCCGUCGGUCGGCCGAUUUGGGAAAGACCAGCAUCUUGGCUAAGAAGGCAUCUGAGAGGACAGCCAGGCCGGGUGCUUCGGAGGGGAAUGGGUCAGCCGAUGCCUCCCUGCAGGCCUCCCCAGAGCUCAAUGCUAAUGAGGUUGUUACUGGAGAAAAGGAGUCCUCCAAGCCCUCUACCCCAGUUAUACGCUCCCUGAUACCCGUUACUGGCACAUCCAAGUCUUCCACCUCAGAAUCCAGUCUCAAUUCUUCCCCGAAAGGGAAAAAGCCUCAUGAGAAGCAGGCGUCCUCUAGAAGGCUUUCUUCCAGCAUGCAAUGUUCUGCACGUCCAACACAGAAGCCUCAAUGACAAAUUGAAAGCAGUCAUAUUAUUUUACGUAUGCAGCAAUUUUAUUUCCAUGUGCCUAAGAUGUACGUAGAAAUGUACUAUAUAUAGAUUGAUAGACUAAGUGUUUAUAGAAUAUAUACAUACCUGGAUUUUCUUUUCUUAAGCAAGAUGUAAAUGGUCAAAAGCGCCUUUCUAUCCAGUCAUGGAACCAAAUCAUUGCCAUUGGCAAAGUAGGUUAUUUGUCUACUACUAUAGGCAAAACUGAAUAGGAAUGUUGUAAGAUAGCACUUUGUAUAUAUAAAAUAUUUUUCCCCAGAACAAAGUUACAGUAUCUUAAUUAACUAAAAAAGUCAUACCGUCAUUUUUUAUGUAUUUCUUUUUCACAGCUUAAGAAAGUUAGUAAAUUGUGAAGCUUGAUUCAUGGGUAUGUGAUGUGAAAUUUAAGCUGUAAGGGUACACUAGUCUUAAGGUAGUUGGUGGAUAUUCUAAGACGUUUCUCCAUUUCCAACCUGGUGCUGUUCUAAGGGCAAAUAUUUUACUGAUGUUAUUUGAUACAUUUAAAAUGCUGAGGUUAUGAAAUAUAAACACAAACAAAGGUUUCAUACACUAACAGCCUAAUUCUGAAAUGUUUUACCAAUCACAUCAGAUAUGUAAACUUCAGAUCAGUAUGUGAUAUGAUUUGUUAAAUUCUCUGAAUUAUGGCUACUUGUUUGUGCAGCCUUUGUAUUCUCAGUUACCAAACCUGGUAGGACCAUUGAAAACCUGUGGUACCCUAUAAGAGAUGAAAAAUCAUGCCAGGUAUGGAUUAGCACCUCUUGAUGCUGCUGUACAUAUAGUAAAUAUAGUACCCGUAACCACUCCUAUUUAUUUUUUGCUCUAUGCAUUUGAUUGAACGUUAGCCAUUGACAGGACAAUCUUAUUAACGCACAAUGCUCUGAAUACUUUGCUAUUCUUUGCUGUGUGCUACCUACAAUGGAGAGAAAAAGUAUUUGAUACACUGAUGAUUUUGCAGGUUUUCCCCACUUACCAAGCAUGUAGAAAAUGCUUAUGUCACGCAAUAAAAUGCCAAUUAAUUAUUAAAAAAUCAUUGAUUCCGUCUCUCACAGUUGAAGUGUACCUAUGAUAAACAAUUACAGACCUCUACAUGCUUUGUAAGUAGGAAAACCUGCAAAAUCGGCAGUGUAUCAAAUACUUGUUCUCCCCACCGUACCUUCAUAACUGUAAACAUAUCAGGCUUUAAGGGGCACUCCCUGGUUGACUGAAAGUUUGACGACUCCACAAUAUUGUUCUUUUGACCUAAUGUUAAGCUUCUGUCACAGGAUCACCCCUCUUAAAUCUCUUUUCAGCUAAAAAGUACCACCUCACAAACUAAUCAUUAGCUGAGAAAACAAGUGACAACUGCUUCUAGCUGGGAGGAGUGGAUCCCCCUCCCCCAAACAAUCAUUGGUCGUGAUUUGUCUGAGUCAAAUGGAGGUCACUUUUAGACCAGGUGAGAACACCUUUUUAGAACAGAAGAUUGGUACUACAGGGUGAUUAUGUGACAGCAGUGCGCCUUUAAUGAAUUGAUUUCUGUGUCUCACUAUAAUAUAUUUACUAAACUCCCAUGCCCAGGCCUGCCAUUGCAAAAGGCUAGUUCUUAACUCUUUGUGCAAUAGUUCUUAAAACGGAUCAUCAAUUUUACCUUUUGUGCUACAUCACUUUUUACUCUACAUAAGAUUGAAAAUACUAGGGUAACAUGUUUUUCUGUUUGUUUAAAUUGAUGCUCUGGAUGUAGUAUACAUAUGAAACACAUUUUGAAUGUUGCUGCUGUUCUGUUUGCUGGCCAUGUUAGAGCAGACUUUUUCUCCAUGGUCUUUGACAUUUGAUAUCUGUAACCAACUGCCCCAAAUUUAAUUUCGCUUUGCCAGUGGCUUAAACCUCACUUCUGACAUUUUACUGCCUGUAGAUUGUCUGAAUGUGAAUACCGCCGACCCCCCACUGUUACUGUUAUUAACUAUAGUCAUGUAUGGCUGUUAGGUUGAAGCAGGACCAAUUCUGGAAUCCAAGUUCAGCAACAAUCUGAAGGCCUGUCUAAUUGUCGCCUUUGGCUACGCUGUCAUUAAACAGGCAGCUGCUGAAAAUACUGUUCAAAUGGUCGCCUUUUGAACGAAUAGCAGAGCUAGUUCACCAAUUUACUUAGCCUUGCCCUGAAAAUUUCAUUUUCUUGCAGAUUGAAUGUGUUUCCCUUUGCUCUGUAGUUUUAUCAUGAUCUUGAGUCUCACUGAUGCCCUGUUGCCAUUUCAACAAAAACAUUUAACUACAGCUUUCACAGAAUGGACAUGGAAAAAUUAUUGGCAACAUUAAUGCAAAACGUUCUAAAUGCAAUAAUGACCCAUCCUCAUCUUUGAAUGUAAAUGUUGUGAUGCACGUUGCACACAGAAAUCUUCGGACUGCAACAAUAUUAUGCCUAUUGUCUUUCAGCUUUUAACUUUAGCCAAGUUGUGUGACUGUGUUGUCAGUCCAUGGAACAUACCAUUCCAACACCGUGGAAAGCAGUAUUGCAUGAUCGAGCAAACGCAAGCAUGUCCUAAAUUAACUAUGCAAACAUUUGUUGCUAAGUGAAUCACAGUGUAAAUAUACAAGAUCCUAUUUUCCAAAUGACAGCAAGGGAGAGCCUGGGAAGUGACUUUCAUUGCCUGUACCUGCACAUGUUACACAAAACUCAAAUGUGCACGUUAGAAUGUUAUCGCUUCACAAAACGGACGUAACUGAAAAUCAGAUGCAGCAUAUUUAGACUUUUUGUUUCUUUAAACUUGUUUUUCACUACAUUGUUUCAUAAUCAAACUUUUUUUUACAUUCAUGUUCAUUAUGUCAGUAUGUUUGCUAUGUUUAUUUUCACUAUGCUGGUGUGUGUUCACAGGGUGCACUCAUCUUAAAGAGGAGGUUAUCCGUCUAAGGCAUCUUAUUUACCUGUGAGGACCUCAUUAUUAACACUACAAAAAUGACAAACUGACUCAAUCUGUAGUUCUCAGUCAUCUCAUCUCAAUGUGUUGUUACCUGUGUCAUUUCAACCACUCUUCUGUCAUUCCACUAUUCUCUUAACUGGUUGACUAUUAGAAUUUGAUAUGAAAGACUCAAUGUUAAACUUGUUAUUAAAAGGAUGGAUUACAUUAUCAAGCAAUAUAUUCAAUAUUGUUAUUAUAAACUGGGUUGUUUGAACCAUGAAUGCAGAUAGUUCGACUUUCUGUAAAACCACCUCCGUUUGUGAAUGUGAAUUCUGAUACCAAGCCAAUUCUCAUUGUGGUGUGACAUCUGUCUGGACACUUGGAUUUGAUAUUAUUUAUUACUUUGCCAACUGCCCCUACCAUGUCAACCAGGGUAACAUUUAAAGGGACAGUGACAGAAAAGGAGCAUCUGUACACUACAUAUAAGUGUGGAUAGUCAAAUACAACAUCUUUGGAAAUCUAAUCAGAUUUGGGUUUUUAGGGUGGCAGUGUAAAAAUACUUUUCUGUAUAAACAGAUCUGACAUCUUACAUAUUUAGAAGUUUUAGCUAAUUAUAUAACCAUAACAACCCGUGGGCUGCUUUUUAUACUAUGUUACUAUUAAUCAGUCAUGUGAAUGGAACAUUGGUAUAUCCUUGGUUUUUCUCUCUCUGAUUGACACACUGGAUUUGAGAUGCUGAAUACCUAUUAGUACUUGCCAGCAUGACCAUGAACUAUUCUUCACUAAAAUAACUGGUACUAUACCUAUGUGAUAGUGUCCAAUGUUGCACUCAAUCUUAGUGGUUAUCUAUGUUAGUAGUCUUCUCAAAGUCCAGGAACAUGUUUGACAAUAAACACAUUUGGGCAAGUGCAUGAGACAGUCAGAACAUGAGAGAAGUCUAAACCUUUUGUGUUAAUUUAUUUGUAUGUUUUAUCAAGAACAUUAAUGCACUUUUAAUAGGCAUCUUUUCAUCUUUUACAUUUUUUAAGAAUGUGUUUCUUUGAAAAAGAAACAUUUGUAUACAUUAUGUUGGUUUACCAAUGCAAGAUGAAAGUGUAAAAUGUUAUUAAAAAAAUAUUUAAAGGAA